GACAAUGAGGGCCAGGGGUGCAGCGCUUAAAAAGGAUACGAACACUGUCACAACCAGCAACCCUGGAGAGACACCGGCUGACCCAGAGUUGCUGAAUGUUUAGGAGGACAGCUCUACCCCUGGCUUCUCCACCAUGCUGUAUACUUUAGCAGGAGGGGGCACGCUCUGCGGUGUGGCUGCCCUUGUGCUUCUCAUCGUUUCUACAGCGACAGAUUUCUGGAUGCAGUAUCGAUACUCGGGUAGCUCGGCUAAUCAGGGGCUUUGGAGGUUCUGCAUCAACCACAAAUGCCAUGCCCACACCAUAACUGUAGCCUUCUGGGACGCCACGCGGGCCUUUAUGUUGCUGGCGGUGCUGAGCUGCUUCGCCGGUGUGGUGCUCGGCCUGAGCGCCUUCACUAACGGCACCAAGAACAGGAGGGUCCGUACAGGCGGCAUUGCCCUGGUCCUGUCAGGUUUUCUUGCUCUGCUGGCUUUGGCAAUUUACACUGGAGUGACUGUUACUUUCUUUGGCAAACGCUUCCUGGACUGGCGCUUUUCCUGGUCAUACAUCAUCGGCUGGGUGGCCAUCAUUUUGGCUUUUGCAGCAGGUGUGUUCCAGCUCUGUGCUUACCAGCGGACCACUGCAGAACCCCCUCCUUCAAAUAACCCGGACAGCUGAACAAGAUGAAGACGCCGAUUAGCUCCAGGACUGUUGCAAUGGAUGUCACCGCUGCUUCUGAGUGGCUGUCUAGAAUGGAAUAAAUAGAAAUCAUAGAUGUC